AUGUCGAAUAUUACCGACACAAAUAAUCAACAAACAAAAAUGCGUUCAGUAAAGUUACAAACCAAGCUAUGCAUAUCUCCAUCGUGUGAAGGUUCAGGUGAAAUUAUUUGCCAUCAUUGUUCACAAGCAUAUUGUCGCUUAUGUUUUUUGUGUCACCGUAAAAAUGUUCUUGAUGAUAUGCGUUCAAUACAUGAACAGAUGUCGAGUAAUCGUCGUGUAGGCGUUGCUGAAGUAACAACAUUUAUUGAUCAACAAGCAAAAGAUGCACAUGAACAUGCUAAAAAACUUAUUGAUGAUGCCAUCGAUCGUAUUGUUAAAGCAAGUAAAAACAUUCAUACAUAUAUUGAAAAUCGUCGGGAAGCUAAACUUGGCCGAUUAGAUGAAUGUUUAGAGGAAUUUGAUAAAGAUAGUGGUCUACUCGAAAUGCAAUUACAAAAUGAAAUCUUUUUAUCGGCUGAUACUAUAUUAGAAUUACGUCAUAAAUAUGCAUAUAAUAUGUUUGAUACACCGUCAGCAUCAACAAUGGAAAAUCGAGCAAAUGAAAUCCAACGUAAAAAUGAGGUCUUUUUUGAAGAUUACCGAUUGUAUAAAGAAUUGAUUAAUCUUCGAGAAAAAUGGACAUUUUUUCGACCUGCACUAACAACAGUUUAUUUUCCUCAGAAGAAAGAUAUAUCAUUGGAUAAAGUUCUUACUUUUCUUGAAUACCGUCAUGAUCGAGUAUUGGACAAUUAUCGAGAAUUUCUUUCCAAUGAUGUAGAUUCAAAAGAAUUAUCAUUAAAACCGGUUGGAGAACUGUUCAAUGCAUUAAGUUUUUUAUCAACAAAGAUGUUUCCAACAGAUAAUAAUAAUUUUACUUGUAUUGAUCAAUGUGAAAAUGAAGUUGAUGUUGAUGAAGAACAACAUUCUCGUCCAGAAUCUGAUCUUCAAACUGGCGAGAUCAAACAAGAAACUGAUAUAACACCGAAAAUUGAUAGUGGCAAUUGUGAUGAUGAAACAAAUUCAACUUCUAGUAAUAGUUGGCAAAUUGAAGAUGCUGCUAAUGAUGACGAAUAUGAUUGUGAGACACAAUAUAGAGAACUUAGUCAAUCAAUGAAGAUACUUGAAAGAAAAUUUGUUAAUGAUUUACGUCUAGUCAUCAACCAAGAGCAGGCUGAUUAA